CUCUUCUUGACAGGCAACGAUGUCGCUGACGGUGCCAAACGGCGGCGCUCGCAAGAGGAAACGUACAGAUGCUGUGGUGCCUGCCAGACUCCUCAAAUCCAGAGAUCUCAAGGACCGGAAAGUGACACAAAGCCGAAAGGAAGAGAUCCUGUGGUGGGAACAGCAACUUGUCCACGAUUUCCGGCAGCGUGACGAGAACAUUGUCAAAUUACAGAACUGCCUGAGCGAGGUCAAGAAGAAGCCCAAGACCAGCACCCUUGCUGCUGUGGCGCUAUGUCGAGUCUUCUGCAGACUCAUCGCGAGCGAACAGCUGAUCCGACGCCCGACCGAUGAUCAGGACAAUGCAGGUUGGCUCAAGCUGCAGCUCCGCGAAUAUACCGGUACCCUGUUACACUGGAUUGGAACACCCGAUGAAUUCCUCAAGAGCACUGCGCUCACGCUGGUGAUGAGGAUCGUAAAGGCAGAGACAUCACAAGAGUGGAAAAGAGCAGAGCAAGCGUGGAGGACGGACAGGUCGACAUUCUACUCGUUGGUCGCCACACUGCUUGCCACACCGAAUGCUCAAGAUGCAAUUCAAGAGUUUGUGGAGAAAUAUGUGGAAGAGUUUGACGAUGUGCGAUUCUACACCAUGCUUGCGAUCAAGCAGUUCUUCUCGGCGGGAGAUAACCGCACACCGGGGAAUUUGGACAAUGCGCUCGAUCUGUUGAAGCAGGUUGAAGGUGUACCAGAGUCAGAUGAGCAGUUGGAAGAUUGGUACGGUGUAUCUCCGGAUGUCAAAGGCCAUCAGCUGCUGUCCCUCAACGCGCAUCUCAAGAUCGCGCAGGACUGCUGGCUCUCCAUCUUUCGCUCCGCUCUUACGGCCAGCAAUCGCAAGACGAUCCUCAACAUCAUGACUGAACGAAUAUUGCCGUGGUUUUCCAACCGCAUGGAAAUCUUGACCGACUUCCUCACCGACUCCUUCAACGAAAGCGGGUCGGUUGCUCUGCUCGCACUCAGCGGUAUCUUCCAUCUCAUGACCCAACGCAACCUCGACUAUCCCGAUUUCUACACCAAGCUGUACAGUUUACUUGACGAGAACAUCUUGCACACCAAGCACCGCAGUCGGUUCUUUCGACUGCUCGACCAGUUUAUGGCGUCGAGUCAUUUGCCCGCAGCACUGGUCGCAAGUUUCAUCAAGCGACUCGCGAGACUGAGCUUGCAAGCGCCUCCCGGCGCCAUUGUGUGGGUUGUGCCAUGGGUGUACAAUCUCCUUCGCAAGCAUCCAACGUGCACAUUCAUGUUGCACAGACCGUAUCAUCCCGCGCACGCCAUUUACUCUUCGCAGCCGAAGUACACGGAAGAAGGGAUGGACGACCCGUUUGACCCGCUUCAAUCAGAUCCCAUGCUCACACACGCAAUCGAAUCGUCGCUUUGGGAAUUACGAUCCCUCCAAGAACACUGGCAUCCCAAUGUCGCGACCCUGGCGAAGAUUCUGGGCGAGCAGUUCACCAAGAAAGAGUAUCAGCUCGAGGACUUCUUGGACCAUGGGUAUGCGACUCUGAUCGAAGCCGAGUUGGGCAAGGGGAUGAAGAAGAAGCCGGAGGUGGAGUGGGAGAUUCCUAAGCGUAUUGUCACGGAUGAUGCUGGGGGAUUGAAUGAGAUUGGUGUCUUGCUGAGGGAUGCGAUUCAGGUGUAGAUAGACCAUCUACUCAAUCCUCUUCGUCCUGCCUGCUCGAUUAGAUCUCUCGACUUCCGUGACAUGAACUAUGUUGACUAGGCGCUUCGAUACGUGUUAGUAAAUCGCUGAGAUGGGCCAUUGUAAAAUUCUUCGAUAUGGCAUCGGAUGCCAG